UUUUUGUACGAGAAAUGGAACGUCAUUCUGGUCGCAGUUCGAUGCUCCGAAUUGGAAAAAUCAAAAAUGAUCAUCAAUCCGAUUGAGAAGAAUUGCACAGUCAAUCCGAGUAAAAUGCGUGCAAUCGUGAUCGCCCGCGAUUACAGUGACGCCCUACAGUAA